UGUAGUUGUUCACCGCGUUGGCGUGGCUGUCUCCAAAGGAGUGCCAGCGGUGUUCGCGGUAGAGGAGAUGCCGCCACUGUGCUCUCAGCCCCCCCCUCUUUCAUAGCGGAGGCGUCCGCUCGUACUGUGCCCGCGACGAUGACGGCGAGCGUAGAUCCGUUUUGAGACCGUCCCGAAUUGCGGUAAGCUAGAUUACAAGCAUAAGUGGGCAUACUCAUCUAUCUCACGGCAAGAUUGCGGACGAUCGAAGGAUCAACUACACCCCAGAUUUUUGCUCCUCCUCGGUGGCUGCUAUCAAAGCAAAAGAGGCUAUUCCUUGCGGCCUAAAGACGCGAGAACUUCAACGAUAGCGAUACCAUUGGCGGGUCGAUCCUGGUGUCUCGCCAGGUUUCGCGCUGGGCGAAGACUUGGAACGCCGUCGCCUCGUAAGGCUCUCCUGAGUUUCUUUUACUAGAUGGACGGAUGGAUGGAUGGGGCUGACGGAAGGCCCGUAAGCUUCUUACAUCUUUUUGCGUCGGCUCUCUGUUGUCGCGAAACGUGUCGAAAACACCAUCGUGCGCGACGCUGGACUUAGGAAUCGCAACGCGCGCGACUCGGCUCUUCCAGCGCGCUCUUCUCUACGGAUUUCGACAUGGCCACAGGAAGGCUGACAGGCCAGCUGGCCUUGGGAAAGGGCUGCACGAUCAAGUUCUUCGUCGACGAGUCCCAGCCCGCAGACUCGAUCGACCAGCGCUGGUCGGAAGUCCACUACGACGGCGAGCCGGACUCAUGGGUGCCGGAGAUUGGCUUGCACUGGCACAAGCACCACGACGAGCUGAUGAAGGUUCUCUUCGGCCGGGUCGAGUUCACGCUCGACGGCCGCACGGUCGUGCUCACGCCGGAGGACGAGCCGCUGAGGAUCCCGCGCCGGCACGUCCACAGCUUCAAGUUCAUCAAGGGCGAGGCGGCCACGUUCACGGAGAGGACGGAUCCUGCGGGCCUGUUCAAGCAGGCCUUCUUCGAGGACCUUUUGGACGGCGGCGGCAUCACGCUCAUCAACGCCCUUCGCGCAUUCUACCGAGGCGACACCUACGUCGCGCUGCCUGGGAACAUCCAAAUGGUCGACCAGGCGUUCAUCUGGGGCGUCGGGGCCGUGGCGGCCUUUUUCUUUCCCCAGAAGAACAAGGGCAUGCUGGCAUAGAGCGUCGCGAAACAAGCGCCCUGAUGCAGAUGCUGGUGGCUAAAUGUUGGGCAGAAUGUGAGGGCAGGAAAGAUCGGGGCGACAGGCCUCAGAAACGUUCAGGUUUGAUGUUCAGUCUAGUGACGCAGCAAGACGAGUUCAACGACUUUUCGACAUGUGUGACAUUGUUUGGCGAAGGAACCGGUAGAUAUCAGCUCCCUUUGAAGUACUUGCUAGGUACAAACGGCAUCUUCGUCA